ACAUGUGAUCUGAGUGAAUGUGAAAAUUUGGACGAUGAUUUGAAUGAUGAUGAUGUUGAUGUUAAUGAUGAUUUGUAUUAUGUUGAUUCGGAUGAUGAUGAUGAUAAUAAUGAUGAUGAUGUUGACGUCGAAAUUGAUUAUGAUUAUUUGGAUGAUGUUGAUUUCGAAUUUGAUGAUUUUGAUGAUGGUGAUGAUGGUGAUGAUAAUGAUGUUGUUCAUGAUGAUUAUGAAUAUGAUGAUGAUUCGGCUGAUGAUGAUGAUGAUUUGGAUGAUGAUGACGAUGAUGAUGAUGAUGUUGAAGAUGAAGUUGAUGGAGAUGAUGAUUUGGGUUAUAUUGUUUACGAUGAUGAUCAUGAUGAUGAUGAUGAUAAUGAUGAUGAUGAUUAUUCGGAUUAUGAUGAUGAUAGUUUGGAUGAUGACGAUGAUAAUGAUGUUGCCGAUGAAUAUGAAGAAAAUGAUGAUGAUUCGGCUGAUGAUGAUGGCGUUGAUGGUGACGAGGAUGAUGAUUUGGAAGACUUUCUUUUUAAUGAUGAUGAUGAUGAUGAUUUGGAUGAUGAUUAG